UCCCUCUGUAAGUGCUGGAGUCUGCCCCGUGAGGACCUCACUAAAACUGAAGUAAUGAAGAAUAUGAUCAGUUUUCUGAGGGUGUUGUGACAUAGAGGCAGGUCUGAUUACAUCAUUUGUUUUGGGUUGAGUCUCAGGAGCUUUAUAAAAAGCUAGGAGAGAGAAAAGGGGAGAGGAGGGCAAUAACUCAUUAGCAGAAUCUCUGUAUAUUCUGCUAUUUGCCACAUGUCUACAAGGGAAUUUCUUCAGAGUGCAAAGAAGUCUGUGAACUGCUGGAAUAUUAUAAGUCUUUCCUUGAGAUGUCAGCCAAGAGCUUCAGUAUAGUCACAGUGGCUACUGUGCUUAUUUUCUUCCUAAAGCUACAGCUCUCAAGGCAAGCGCCGUUGAAUGGGUCCAAAUGGUCUUAUAUUGGUCCUGAUGGAGAGAAGGCCUGGCCAAAGAAAUACCCAUUUUGUGGAGGAGUGUUCCAAUCACCAAUUAAUUUCCACAGAGAUAUUCUCCAGUAUGAUUCUAAUCUCUUGCCUUUAGAAUUCAUAGGCUAUAAUGUGCCCUCCACUGACCAGUUUACAUUGAUCAAUAAUGGCCAUUCAGUGAAAAUGUUUCUGUCACCUGCUAUGUCCAUCAGAAACCUCCCAUAUGAGUACACUGCAUCUCAACUUCACCUGCACUGGGGAAACCAAAGCCACUCCAAAGGCUCUGAGCACACCAUCAGUGGGAAGCAUUUUGCAGCAGAGCUCCAUAUUGUACAUUACAACUCUGAGAAAUACCCAGAUAUAGCAGCAGCAAUGGACAAAGCAGAUGGACUGGCUGUUUUGGCUGUUCUCCUUGAGAUUGGACCCUUCAACCCAUCCUAUGAGAAGAUCUUCAGGCACUUCCAGAAUGUGAAAUACAAGGAUCAGAAGGUUCUGGUCCCUGGUUUCAAUAUUCAAGAGCUGCUUCCUGACAGACUGGAUGAGUACUAUCGCUACGAGGGCUCCCUGACAACUCCUCCCUGCUACCCCAGUGUUCUCUGGACAGUUUUCCGAUACCCCGCUAAAAUUUCUCAAGAGCAGUUACUGGCACUGGAAACAGCUAUGUACUGCACAGAGAGCGAUGACCCAGAACCCCUGGAAAUGGUGGAUAACUUCAGAAACGUCCAGGAAUUCCGUGAAAGACUGGUUUUUAUCUCCUUCCAUGAAGGUUUUGUGGUUUCUGUUGUGAUAGGCUGCAUUCUGGGAGUUCUCAUCAUUCUUGCAAUAGCCUUCUGGCUACUGAAGAAGAAAAGCUGCAGAAAGGGAAGUGAAGACAACAGAAGAGUCAUCUACAAACAAGGCAUGUACAAGGAGGAGGAAGAUAUCUCCAAAAUUUGAUGUUCUGCUCUAUCACAAAAGUGCUUUUCAUUCAUAGCACUGAUUUAUUUUGGAUUGGUGAAACACAUCUCUUGUUCUUGGUUAAUGAUAACCCUCAAGAGAGUUCUAAAAACACAUACCAGCCAAAAGUUUUGUGUAGCCCUUGUUCUCUUGUUUUCCAGAGAGAUAUGAUCAGUGAAUCCCCCUGAGCUGAAUUCCUCGCCACAUUCUUUUCAUGUCUGCUGCUACUGAUCUGGGUGUUUUAUCUGAUUUUACAGUUAAUCCUGAACUCCAGUUUUAUGGUUUGUUUAGCACAGGUUUUCCCACAGGUAUUCAAAUCUGAAGACACUCAUUAAGCUACGAGCACUCUUCCCUCCUAAAACAAUUUUGGCUUUCUAUUCCAGCAAAUUGCUGGACUUGGUCUGUGCCAGCACUGGGAAAUUUCUGGAUCUGGGCACUGGUGGUGCCAGUAAACACCAGAUUUCAGGCUCUAGGUGCUGGUAAGACUGGAUCUGGAAUCCUCCCUCCCUCCCUCUGCAGCUCAGGGCCUUUACCUCAGCCUUCCCAAUUUAACUGCAACCUCCCAGAAGACACUUCUGGGCCUCAAAAUUCCUACAACCAUCAGGCACCUUCCAAAAGUGUCUCCUGCUUUCCCUCCCUCUAGUGCCCCACUCCAAGAUCCCAAGCCACUCCAUCCCCCCUUCCAUCCUGAACUUCAUCCCAUCCCCACAGUACCAUUGAACACUGUCAUGGGUUUCUUGCUCACCCUCUUUCCAGGUCUGUUCAAACAGGAGGCUGGCUUAAACCCUUCCCCUCUUCUUGAUCCCUGAUCUUUCUGCUCCGUUAUAUAAGCUUUAGACUAUAAUAACUGAGCACUGCACAUUCACUUAGAGGCUUUUUUUGCUUCACAAAACUUUAAUUUGAUGUGAGAUUUUAAUAAUAAAACAUUCUGUCAUCACUUUGAGGGCUUUAGUGACCAUUAAAGCCAUGUUUGCACAAUUCUGCAGACAAUGAGGCCAGCCUCCAGGACACUGGGUCUAACAUCUUAGGAGAGUAAGCAAGAGGCUGCAGUGUCCCCCUGUCUUCCCAUACUAAAAUCCUUUUAGUGUGGUCCUGUUUAACACCCACAUAAAAUUCAGUAUUUUUUUUGCCUGUCUGGAAGGGCUGGGCCAGGAGCUUCAGUUAAUAUUCCUUUUUUUUUUUUCUUUCUAACACUUUAAAAUUCUUCUUUCUUUCUGGUGUCCAUUCAUGGAUUUUCUUAACUGGCAAGACAGGAGUAUUAUAGGGAGGCAUGCAUGGCUCCUAAAGAUCUCUUUUUAAACACCACUUGUCCACGUUGCUUCAAAGUAGUUUGGAGAGGAUCUGAGACACAAACUUUGAAGAAUUUAAGAUUUUAGAGAAGCCGAGGCCUUAAUUAAAAAUAAGCUUUGCUGAAGCUAAUUAAAAUAAAUAGAUGGGCCUUGCUAAAAUUAAAGGUAGAUAGAGAGGCCUUGCUAAAAUUAGAAGUUAAUCAUUGGCCAAUAACUAAUUGUCUGACAACCUUAUCCUUGUUCAGCUGGGCUUGUAAUGAGGACCAGAAUGUCAUUUCUUUUGCAGAUGAAGGAAAGCAGGCAGCACAAGUGUUUUAGGUGCACAAUUACAGACAGCCCAUGUGAGACUGGAAGAAAUGACUCACCUUUUAAAAUUUCAAAGCUUUCUUAAACCUUAACAAAAUACAACAGAAAGGCUGAAUAAGGAAAGAGACACCGCUCUGGGAGCACUGAGCAUCUGCCACGUGCUCAUCUACAAAAGUGGCUGUUCCCCCUUUUAUAGCCCUGGGGUUGUGUCAGUUAAAAACUGCACAGUGUAAAAAUUCCCAAAACCUGUCUGUCAGCUCUUUUUCAACAUCCAUUGCUGGAGACAACUUUCUUACAGCUUGAUUGGAGGUCAGGUGUUGUCAUGGCUCUAUGAACAGGCCUGUCCUCCUCCCAUCUGCCCCAUCCUCACGUGUUCCCACUGCUGAGGCCAUCCAGUGGCAACAGUACAAGAGGGAUGGGGAAGGAGACUAUGGGGAGAACAGAGGAUGUCUAAAUAACAAAUCACUAUAACAUAAUUAUAUAUCAAUAAAACUUUUCCUAACAUAUCCACAAUAUUCAUCCUUUAAUUGUGAGAGCCAAUCCAUCACAUUAACUAUCUAUAACAAGAUCAAGGCUGGACAGAGAAUUCUGUUCUGGCUGCUUUCAAGUACCAGCAAUCCUUGAAUGUACCUCUCACCUGCCUUGCCUUGCUUUGGCAACCCAAAUUUCCUUGCCUUGGCCUUCUAACCCUCCCUAGCCUUGCAUUCUCAUGCACAACCAUACCCCACCCUUGACCUGUCUACUGGUUUCCUCCAGGGCCUUUCUGUUUCUGCCCAGCCUACCCAUCUCUGGGCUUACCUUCCUAUUCCCAGCCUUGCUUAUAACUUCUGGGCCUUCUCUCACCACUCCAUUUGCUUUCCCUUCACUGCUCUACCUCCCCUGGACGUGCCUACAGCAGCCUACACUUGGUCUGCACUGCCUUGCCUGCAUGGAGUGCAAAGCAAGGAGUGACAGGCAAGGCAAAGCAAAGCAAGGAAGCUGUAGGUAGGGCCAGGCAAGGCAGACAUGGGCAAGCCAAGCAAAGCAAGGGUAGACUAGGAAAAACUAGGAACGAUACUGAAAGCAAGGCAAGGCCAAGUGACUUGGAGUACCUUUCCUUGGGAGGCAAAAGAUAUAAUGCCAAUGAUGUUGGAGCAGAUGUUAAGGUUCUGUGGCGAGGAAUAGUCCAGCAAGAUAUAUCUGUCCUGGCCCCUUUUGUGCAGGCAUAUUUGUUGGAUGCAUUCAAUACUAGAGGUGGAUUGGGCCCUGGGUGUUUUGUAUUUUGAUAGAGGAAAUGCCAUUUCUUUGGAUACGGGCUUCUAGUUCCUCUCUUUGGCAAAGAAAGCAAGUUUGGAUGGGCACUUUGGAUGGUUUGAGUGAAUUUAAAGGCUUUUCCCAAUAGGCAGUUCUCUAGGUUACAGCUGUUGAAUUUUCAGUGGGAAUGCAGGUACCAAGCUGUUGAGUUUUUUUGUCCUGGUAGCUUUAGUGUGUGGGCAGUCUCAGGUGCCUUUACAUUUGGAUCUUGACCCUGUGAAACAAAGCUUAGGACUCAGCUAGAGCUGAGAACCAAGUGCCCAUAGCAGGAUGUGUGCUCGUAGUUUGAUGGGUGCAGUUGAAGUUGUAGGCAGCAAGAUGUUUUUUGCCAGAUAUAUUCAAGUUUUUUAGCUGACUCUGAGUGAAAAGCUCUAUGAGGGCAAAGGAGUUCACGUUUCCCUUUGAGUGUGGUGCAAUGAAGAGUACGCAGUUAGGAGGGGAAGAUCAGCAGAAUCUCUUUGUGGUGGAACAAUGGGUUGGAGAGCAAGGACAUUUUUCAGUUUGGCUCUGCAUUCCGUGGUUUCGAGCUGGCCUUGGUGCAUUUCCUUCCUUUGCGAGCUGACAGCACCAUCGUGUGGUUGUUCCAUCGUGUGGUUGUUCCAUCGUCUGGUUGUUCCAUCGUGUGGUUGUUUUGUUCCAUCGUGUGGUUGUUUUGAUGAGCUCUGACAGGGCCAAGGAAAAAGCCAAGCGCUAUUCUGGCCCGGCCCCAUUUGUGUGGGGAUAGAGUUGGGGAGAGCUCCACUGUGGAUCCUGGCUCCUGGAGACUGACAGAAAGUGCUCAUACAUGAGGUGGGGAAAGGAAAGGAAUAGUUUCAUUGUUAGCUGAGCAGUUUAUAAGCUGUAAAAAUAAGGCAAUUGCAGCACGUUCUCAUCCUUUUAGAAUGUUUUCUGUGUGAUCAGCUGCUCAGCAUUUAACUCACAUGCACUGAACUUCAUCCCUCUCCCUGGAGAUAUGCACUUUCUCUCAAGCUCUGUGUACCAUCUUACCCUCUCAGUUUUGCAGAUCCCAAACCCCCCUAAAAUAUCCAGCAGCUGCUUGCAAAAAAAAGUCCUACAAAAGCCAGUGUUGGCUUUCAUAGUCCCUUUGCAGGCUGUAAACAAGACAAAACACACUAAUGAUUCACACUUUCCUUCUCAGCUGUAGAUAUCAGUACAUUUUCUCAAGGUGCCAGAGCCCAUCAUUACAGCAAAACAUUUCCAGCUGCAGUUCAGACUGAGAGAUGUGCCAAGACAGAAGGUAUUUGCUGCCUUUCCCUCUUCCCUGUGAAACCCAUUAUCUGCAGCUCAAUCACUUUCACACACUUUCUGCUGAGUCCAGGCAGCUAGAGAUCACACAAAAGGAAGUGUUGGGACAGGAGAUGUUCUUAAUGUACCCCCUUCUCUUAGCAGCAAUGAGCUGUGCACAUUGCACUGAGGCUCUGUAUCUUCUUUUCCAGAUAAACCUGCUGUCACUCUUUUCACUCUCAAAUCUUCAUUGCAGACAUCCAGCAUCUGUGCCUAUAGAUAAAGGUUCUAGAAGUAAAAGUCAGUACAGAGCUGCACCUUCCCACCACUACCCAAAUCUGACCCAACUAGGUUGUGAGUUGAACAUGUUUUUAUACUCUAUCGUUAUAUAACUUUCAUAUUAAUUAUGAAACUUACAUUGUUCUAUUGUGUGCAUUGAUUUUACCCAAGCAUGGAUUUCUCAUGAUCCCCCCAAACCCCUAACAUAGUUUCUCAUGAUUCUUUAAACAAUAAUUAUAUCUAAUCAUAUCUAACAAUUAUAUCAUUUAUCAUAUACUGACUACACAGUGCAGUUUCACCUGAUCUUAGCAAGCACAAGGCCUAACAUUUCCCAGGGCCUACCUUUAACACCUUUCCCAGGGCUUGCCAAGCCUAACUUUCUUUCUAAUUCUCCGAAUUUCUUAUGAUUUUAAAAUCUUUUACUAUCAGGAUCAGGCUGAAUCCUGCUCCAUUUGUAAUUUUCAGAGGCAAAAGCCUGGUCCUGGACACAGCACUGUGGACAUCAAUGGUAGCACUUUAACUGGGGAAAAAACCUGACCCCAUCAGGUUCCUGAUGUCAGUUCUUCUGAGGUGUUUGGCAUUCCAAGGGCAGCCUGAAUUCUAGGUGGGGGCAACUUGGGUCUGGGAGCAAUCCUGCUCCAUUUGUAGUUUUCAGAGACAGAAUCCCACUCCCAGCCAUGGUCCCUUGGAAAUGAUCAGCAGCCCUUUUCCAGGGGAAAGAAAACUAUCUCUGCUCUGUCCUGAUGUCAGUUUGUCAGAGGUGUUUGGCACUCCAAGGACAGUCUGACUUCUAGGUGGGGAUGGAUUUGGUCUGGGAGGAAUCCUGCUCCACUCAUAAUUUUGGAGGCAGAAACCCCACUCCUGGCAACAGGACUGUGGACAGUAACAGCAGCCCUUUUCCAUGGGAAAGAAAACUGACCCCUCCAAAAAGACAAUGCUUCUCUUCUAUUCUUGUCCAUCAAUGACUAAGUAUAGGCACAGAGUCUCAGCUGUAAUCCAUCUUCUUUAUGUAACACAUCCAGAAAAGUCAAUCUGGAGACCCCUCUGGCAUGGUGGAAAAAACUCCACAAGGUUGGUUUAGCACUCAACCAGCUGACUCUUCCCUGGUCUGCCUCCUUGCCUAGCUUUUGUUGAGAUAUGCCUUAUUCAGAUGAUAAAGAAUGGUGUGACACAACGAGUCUCUCAGCCAGGCAGGGCUGUGUUCACUCACCUCCACUUGGGCCGAGUUCUGGAAUCUCACCAUCAAGAGUCCCUUAAGGUUUUAGAGCCUCUAAGACAAACACAAGAAGCUCAAUAAUACAAGAUUUUCAAACAAAGUGCUGGUGUAUCUUCCCAGUUAUCUUGCUCUUCCCUUGUGUGCUACAGCAUUUACUGGCUUUUACACAGCACUGUGAUGAUGUGAGCUGGGGAACCACAGCAGCUUUUGUGCUGUUCUGCAGUGGUGUAGCCCACCAGCAAAAGGUACAACAUGCUCACACUGCUGCUGACAGUCACCAGUUUGUGGAAACAUCAAACAUUUCCAAAUUGUGAGGCUUCAUCAACAUUUCCUAAAACAUAAGUCUUGGGAUAGAGAAAAAAACAAAAAAAACCCAGGAAUUUUGAAAACACCUUCAGCACUUCUGUCAAUCCUCCUCCAUUUCUGCAAAUGCUUUUGUGGAUUCUGAGGGCUCAGCAAUGUUUAACAGGUAUUAUUAUGGCUAUUCCUGCUUGUAGGUCUGGACUUUGAUCACACUAUUUUUUGCUACGAUGAUCUCAUUUGCUUUUCUAGUUCAUUGACAAACUCUGCAGUGACACACCCCUAAAUGUAACCCUUCCAUUAAAAAAAUGUUUUUAACAAAGAACAUGUAAGGUUUGAAAGAUAGAAAAUGAGUGAUUAAUACUAGUAUUCCCCUGAUAAAAGGCUGGUCAGACCUGAAAUCAUGAACCCAUCUCUGCUCUUUCAUAUUAUUAAAUACCAUUUGUAACUGCCACAGACCCAGACUGAAGCUUGUAGGAUGAAUGUGUAGGAAAGGGCUUUUAAAAAUGAAGAAAGUACUAGUGCAAGGAAGCUCCUUUGUUUUCUUUUUUGGAUUUAUUGUUAAACAAUGAAAUGGUCCAUUAAUCCAAUGGAUUCCCAUUAUUCCAACUGGAUUCCAAUAACUAAAGACUAACUUUUGUAAAGAUUUCUGGAUCUGAAAGCGUUGAAUCUAAUGGAAUAUAAUUAACAGACAAUUAAAGUUGUCAAAAAGGA